AUGGGAUUGUUGACAGCUCGUCAUGCUGUCCUCGUCUUUACCCUGGAGUGCUUGCGUACUGCCUACCUGAACCCUUUGAACAGCCUGUCCUUGCAACCUGAUCAUAUCCAUUUGUGCACGCGUCGUCAUGGUUGGAGCCUCCGUUUACGGGGAGGGGCCAAGAACUACAAGCAUCGGGCGGACGACCCGGACUUCGUAGCGACUGCUCCGAUAUUGGACUUGUUGACAGAUGGGGAUUACUCAAAGAAGAUGGAGUUUGCCAAGAAGAACAUCAAGAAGAUCAUGGAGACUCCUGUUGAAUUCUGCAUCGACCCUUCGUACUUGGAUGGGACUAGCUCCCACUUCACCUGCUCGAUCAAAGGGAAGCGGGGGAAGAAGGAUAAUAAGAGUUUGAAAUAUGUGCCGGAAGAGGAGGAGGAGGAGGAGGAGGAGGAGGAGGAGGAGGAGGAGGGAGGGGAGGACGGCAAGGGAAGGGAAGAGAAGGAGCAAAACUCAGACGAAUUCGAUGGCUUCGGCGUUCUGAAGAAGAUUGAAAUGACAGAAUUCCGCAAUGUCACAUACGCUAUCCUUGAUAACAAAUAUGAAGACGUUAUGGAAAAGCUGCAGGCAAUGUUGGCCAAGGACCAGCACAACGAGGACAUUGUCAACAACAUGGCGAUGGCGAUCACUUUGCAUACCAACAAUACCAGUGAAGCUGAACACAUGCUCGAGGACUUCAUUCAAAAACAUCCCAACGUCAGCGGCCGAGUAGUCGGAAAUCUAGCGGCCCUCGAACGAGACGGUCUCGACGACCCUGCAGUGAACAACUACGCCAUGUUCCUCAUCACAAUCCGCGAGAACUACACAAGUUGUCGACACAUGUGUGCUUGCGCCUUUCAAGGAGCGGAAGAGUUGCUGGUGGCAAGACUGGAACAGAACUCAGAGAGCGUUUCAGUGCUAGGCAACUACAUCUAUCUCCUUAUCCAUCACUUUCCUCACAGGAGGUACAUCGAGAACAGGAAGGAAAUCCAAGGACCUCAUUACAAUCUCACAGGACUGCAGCUGGCCCAUGCUCUGACCAUGAAAGCCUUGAGGACGGACAAAUCUCAUCCCUGGGUGAAACAAUGUGCACCUAAAAUCCUCAGCCCGGAACAUCCUUGCUAUCAAGCAUAUUGGUGA